GAACAGAUCUUUUUCCGGGCUGGGGAGGGGGUUGCACACAGCACUCUCCCCUCUUGUGGUGUGUUUCCCAUUAGCAGACAUCUCCUGUUCCGACUCCUGACAAGACUCUGCAAACUUGUUUACUCUCCGGAGAGCACAAAAGAAAAAGGGGUGGAGGGGGGGGUCACUUUGAAUUGCAGACAUUGCCGAGGGGCAGGGGAAUUGCUUGAUCUUAGUUUGUCCCGAGUUGGGUUUCCCUUCCACUCACAGUGAGAGGGGGGAGCGCUGGUUUGGUGGCAGUGCUGACGUCGGCAGGAGAAGUAACACAAGGAUGGGGGUUAAUCGCGCACAAAAGGAGAAUUUGUUCAAUAUCUUAACCCCAGUCGUCCUGCACUGACAGGUAGAGCCGUGCGCAUAAAGAACAUUUUUUCUCUCCUUCUCUCCCUGUUUUUCAAAGUAACGGGGAGGGAGGGUUAAAAAGUAAACUUUGCCGGGACAGACUAUAUGAGAAUGGAAGGGGCGCAUGUAAAGUCCCACUCACAGGAUGUUUAAAUACUCCCAGUCUCCGGCUCUUCGGCUCAGGAACUAUUUUACGUCUCUUUUUCGCAUCGGAACUUUUGGAUCUCGCUGGACUUCAUGAAUUCGCUGUGGAUCUUAAACAUUUUGCACUCAGAGAGAAUGAGAUUUCCUUGGUGAUAAAUGAAUAGCCCUUAUGCCCAAUAUGAGCUGGAGUUUUUUAACCCGUCUUUUAGAAGAAAUUCACAAUCACUCCACCUUUGUGGGGAAGGUGUGGCUCACAGUUCUGAUCAUCUUCAGGAUCGUCUUGACGGCAGUAGGAGGGGAGUCGAUCUAUUCCGAUGAACAGAGCAAGUUCACGUGUAACACCAAGCAGCCGGGCUGCGACAAUGUCUGCUACGAUUCCUUUGCUCCUCUUUCCCAUGUUCGGUUUUGGGUUUUCCAGAUCAUCAUGAUAUCUGCCCCUUCUGUAAUGUAUCUGGGCUAUGCUAUGCACAAGAUUGCCAGAUCUGCAGAAGAAGAACGCAGGCACAAUUCAUGUAGCAAGAAAAAAUCAUUUUCCAAAUGGAGGACAGGCCAAAAUGUUGAGGACCCAGAAGAAGAGGAGCCUAUGAUUUAUGAUGGCCCAUCUGAGCCAGAGAAAGUGGAAAGCAAAGAAAAAGAAUGUAAAAAGCAUGAUGGUCGGAGACGUAUCAAAGAAGAAGGAUUAAUGAAAAUUUAUGUUUUCCAGUUGGUAGCAAGAGCCAUUUUUGAAGUGGGUUUUUUGGUAGGCCAAUAUUUCUUAUAUGGGUUUAAAGUCUUGCCCAAUUUCCAGUGCGACACUAGUCCGUGCCCUCAUACGGUCGACUGUUUUGUGUCACGACCAACAGAGAAGACCGUUUUUCUCUUAAUAAUGUAUGUGGUGAGUUUCCUUUGCUUGUUGCUCAAUGUCUUCGAGAUGUUGCAUCUUGUUAUUGGCACCUUGAGAGAUGCCCUUCACAACAAAAGAACUUCUAGAAACAAACAUCCCCCAUUCAAUUAUUCUUAUCCUAAGAACAUUACUUGUCCUCCGGAAUACAACAUGGUGGUCAAAUCGGACAAAUCGACCAAAAUCCCGGUAAGCCUUAUGGCACUGGAACAGAACUUGGCCAACGUUGCUCAAGAACAAAACUGCACCAGCCCCGAUGAGAACGCCCCUUCUGACCUUUCUGCUUUACAUAAACACUUGAGAGUUGCCCAGGAACAAUUAGAUAUAGCCUUUCAGAGCUACAAUACCAACGUCAAUGGCCAACCUUCCAGGACGAGUAGUCCAGCUUCUGGUGGGACAGUGAUGGAGCAAAACAGAGCCAACACUGCGCAUGAAAAGCAAGGAGCUAAGCCCAAAGCCAGCUCGGACAAGGGAAGUAUCAGCAGUAAAGAAGGAAAAACCUCUGUAUGGAUAUAAACAGAACAUCAAAUAUCAUUGCUGUAAAUACGCUGGUAUCAUAAGUCCCAAAUGAACCAAUGCACGGAGUAACAUGAUUUCAGGGUUCAUUAUUUGCUUCAUGGAUUCUUUUUUUUUUAUAUAUAUAUUUUUAACAAAAUACCAGGUUUUUAAAAAAACUUUAUUUUAUUUUUAACAGUGUUCGCUAUUCACGGUGAUUAUAACCAGACCUCGGUUUUAAUUCAUCAAAGAACUUUUUAUCGGUGGCUGGGCAGAACCAAAACCUAUAUAACAAUAUCUUCUUACAACAGGCUCCUGUUUUUUUCCCACCAGAGACUGAAACCAAACCAUCAUUUGAUGGAACACGAACGGGAAAUGUGACCGAAGGAUUUGUAAAAUGUCUGGAAAUGGGCUUUGGUGUAUUGACUUGCUAUGUUAUUGUGUUCAUAUGUUUAACAGGUGAAUGAAUCAUUUAGUCAGUGCAAAAGAUUAUGCUUUUCUACUUUCUCUUCCUAGUCCAUUGUCGGAUGUACAAUAUUUAAAGGAUAAGUAAACCUUUAAAAUAAAUGAAUGUAAAAUUGACGAGGGGGCUAUUCUAAGCACUUUUGCAAUGUGCAUUCAUUAUUUAUUUA